CAUCUUCUGAAGGCAGUGCUAUCGGAUUGAAAAGCGUUCGAGAUUUUCGUCAAAUUAAGAAUUUUACAUCCAAUGUACCUGAACACAAAUACGGUAAUGCUUUUAUAGACAGAAUCGUUAAUGGCACACCAGCUAAAAAAGGUAAAUAUACUUCGCUGGUUGCUCUUGGAGCUUAUUUUGAUGAAUCUGUUUUUGAGGAAUUUGGUGCUGAAGUAUUAGAUAUGUAUUAUCCACCUGAGUGGUUCUGUUGUGGUGCUUGGAUUUCCCGAACACAUGUGCUCACCGCCGGUCAUUGUUUAAGUGAAGAUUUGAACGUAAUAAGUACCACCGACAUGGAUUUCAACAUGCCACCAACAAAACAGAUUCAGGAUUGGGUUCUACGUCGUAUCCCACAUCCGCAAUACAAUCCAAAUACCCAAGAAAACGAUGUGGCGAUUAUAAAAUCGUGUCACGAAGCAGUAUUUACAAAACAACUUCAGCCCAUUUCUCUCCCACUCGACAGUAUGAUGAAACAAAAUUUUGUAGGGGAGAAUGCUUCGAUAGCUGGAUGGGGGCAUACUAAGUACGGGGGCCAACAAAGUCCUAUACUUUUGGAAGCAGUAGUUCCUGUAAUUACGGUGGAAAAAUGCGUAGCUGAUUAUCAGAAAAUGCCGAAUUCAGUCGUUAACAACAAGAAUAUAUGCGCAGGAUAUAGUCAAGGUGGAACAGAUACCUGUCAGGGUGAUAGUGGUGGACCACUGAUGUGGCUAAAUGAUAAUAAGAUAUACUGUAUUGGAGUAGUAUCAUGGGGCUACCAAUGUGCUCGGCCAGGUUUUCCAGGCGUAUAUACGAGGGUUACGUCUCAAAUGGAUUUCAUCAAAAGCGAAAUGGCAAAAUGAAUACUGGAACUUUCAAAAUAAGUCUCCAAGGUGUUGGCAACCAACAGGACCUAGGCGAAGCUCAACAAAAGCUUAUUAUCAAUAAAGAAAUGAAUUAAUAUUGAA